CCCUCCCCCUUUCACGCGCCUCUUCCUCUUCGCCUGCACUUCCUGCUGUAGAAAAGCUCUACGCAUGCGAAGUGAUUCUUCCUAUUUGGGGUAGAAAGACACACGAACAGCACAUCAUGACUGAUGUCGAUUUCCAAAGUGGGGAUUCCGGGGCCUCUUCAACGUACCCACAGCAGUGCUCUGCAUUGAGGAAGAAUGGCUAUGUCAUGAUUAAAGAGCGUCCCUGUAAGAUCGUUGAAAUGAGUACCUCCAAGACUGGCAAGCAUGGACAUGCAAAGGUUCACCUUGUAGGAAUCGACGUCUUUACACAGAAGAAGUUAGAAGAUAUCUGCCCGUCUACCCAUAACAUGGAUGUCCCAAAUGUUACAAGAAAAGAUUACCAGGUUAUAGACGUCUCCGAAGGAUACUUGUCCCUGAUGGAUGAUGGUGGAAAUACCAGAGAGGACCUUAAACUGCCAGAUAACGAGCUGGGCAAAGAAAUCGAAAAGAGGUUCGAUAAUGGUGAAACUUUUAUGGUCUCUGUGCUGAAAGCCUUAGAUGAAGAAAUGGUGGUUGGCACCAAGGUUGUGUCCUAAGGUGUCCAGGACGACGCUGGAGGACCUUCCACUCUGUUCUCCAGUAUGGCUUUGAAGCCUCGCCAAAGCUACUGGCCUUCUCUUCCCCCCCCCCCCCACCCACCCAUCCCCCACCUACCCACCCAAACACCUCUCCACUAGUUUCCCUGCUGGUCCACUGAAACCUGGAAACUGGACUGGGUUAGCUUCAACUUUACCUUGGGGGGUCAGGGCUGACUGACAUUCUCUUCAAUCAAUGAAGUUAUCGAGCUGUUGCCGUCGCAGCUUUACUUUGCAAUGGCUGCUGAAAUUAUUCGGGCAAUUCCUAACAUUCCAGCAUUUCACAACAUUGUAUGGGUGAUUUUUUUUUUUUUUUUUUCUGUGCAUUACUUUUUAAAUCCUGCAAAUUGACCUUUUUCUCUUUGACUUAAGUUGUCUGUGAGUCAUGUAUUUUAAGGAUUGUUUACAGUUGAGAUGCUUCACCUUGCUUUCAACAUAAAUCCCCCCCCCUCCCUAAAAUGGUUUUCUCUUAAAAGAAAAAUAACUUCAUUGAUAGUUGAAAUAUGCCUUUCUGCCUUUGACAAUUAAAACAUGCAUGUACAUGCACACUUAUAAUUGACUUGUAUACACAUGCCCUAGCAGCUAUUAAAAUGUAAACCGCAAACAUUUUAUUUACCGGGUGUCAAUAAGAUCGUUCUUUUGUAGCAGGUGUCUGGUGUCACACUUGUUCUGAAGCUGAACCCACCUGGGAAAGGGUGGCUGGCUGUGGCCAUUUUCUCUUCUAUGCUUUUAAACAUUUUUUUUCUUUCACUUGAGGCCUUUUAUAAGCAACAAAUGUAUAAAAAACACUUCUUUUUUCUUUUUUUGGAAGAACAAAACACUGAAAACCUUAAUUAUUUGCAACUUCACAGUGCUAAAGAAUUCUUAGCAUUCAGUUGUGGAAACCAGAAACAUUUCAUUUCUUAGACGGAGCCUAAUCUAGAUGGUAGUUCUGCUGUGGGUAAUCUAAAGUCUUGCUGUAUGGAAGACAUUGGUGCUCAAGAACAGAAUAGAUGAGGGAUAUAUUUGGGGGGGGGGGGGGUAUGAAGUAGUUUUUGGGGUUGGUAGUUCUGUUUCCAGUUAAAUGGGAUUUUUAAGCAUUUUGAGCAGAGUUUUCACUCCGGAUUGUGGCUCAAACAUUUUUAUGAAAUCAAAGUACCAAUAUGGUGACUGGUUCUCUACGUUUACAUCCACACAAAACGUAUUGGGGACAUCUGGUAAUUGUUAGAAAACCAGAAUGUGUUUACAUGCACUGCAUUAAUGUGGUUGCUGUAGAAUCUGCCUUUACAUGCAGAUAGUCCGUUUUCUUCUCUACCUCCUACCAUAAAAUUAGUUAUAAAUGUAUUUGCAGUAUAUUUCAAGCACAGCAGCCUGAGUUUCUUUUCCUAGCUUUUCGGCUCUGAGCAUUUGCACUGAUGGUGCAGCGAGGAGGGUAGACUCUAGUGAAGUUUUAGGAUUGCAUGUGUUAAGAAAUGUAGAGAUAACCUGCUAUUCAGCUAUAGAAAUUACUUUAGACUUGUUUGUUUUUAGACUGAGUUUGGAUUUUAGCUAUCUUCUGUUGUCAUAGCAAUACUUUUCCUAUUUCUAUUUCCUAGUUUAAUGAUCCUGUGCUCAUGUUAAAAAUAAGUCAGUGAAGCGUAUAUGUUAAAUUUGAUUUCUCUUCCAGAAAUCCCUUAAGUGUUAACGUGAUUUUUAAAAAAAAAAUUUUGAUUACUGCCAAAAAUGGACAAUAAUCAGAUUAGUUAAAUACGUGGAAACGCACUCAUGGGAAGGUAUUCUGUCCAGCUGUCAAUUUGUCCUUUGAACAAUCAGUCUCUUGUUCUGUCAGUCCAGUUGAAGGAUUUUUUUCACUUACACCAACGUAAUACAUGGAAUGUUAUGUGUAUUAAGUUCUACAAUAAUUUUGUUUCAACAUUGAUUUCUUGUUCAAUGUGUGGUUUUCCCUAAAAAAAUUGUUAGGAGCUAUGGCAUCACAACAGUGGCUUCCAAUGCAGUUUUUUAUUUAAAUUUUUCCUCUUGGCCAUCUAGAUUUUCACUUAUGGUAUAAAACGGUACAAUAAUCGUACUCUGGACUGCAGGGCCAAAAGGUAAAAGCCAGAUUACUGUACUCAUUGUACUGGUACAUUUCAGUACUGGUAAACUUCAUAUUGGGUAUUCAUUUCUUUAAGCAGGAGGGGAAAAUAUUGACUAGCAAAUGAACGAUUUAAAGGCAGCAGCAUAGAAUUGUUGACUCAUGUGGGACAUUAAGACAACUGACAUUUAUUGUCAGAUGGGGGCACACUCAGGCAAGAAUACUUAGGGGCUCCCUCCCAGCUUUCAUGAGCAAAUAAAUCCUCUCACACAGGGGCGUAGCACAAACUUCUGGGCCUUGUAGAAAGGCGUUUUCUAUGGGCCCUCCCUGCAUCCACAGCUAUUCAUUUUAGCAUAUUUUCUGGCCCUUAUGGGGGGGCUCUAGAUACACUCCCCUUCCCCCAUUUGAGAAUAUGUUUAAGAGAGAUGUCCUGUAGUGGUUGGUUUCACAUGCUGAUCUAGGAUCAGAGGCUGCUUGGGAUACAACUGCAGAAUGACUGACGCAAGUGUCCAGGGCAUUUUCUCAGGGCUCCAAACAGUGUUAUGAAAUGGGUUACCUAAUGGUGUCAUCAGUGAGGAGAAUCACUGAGAUUAGAAUUUUAUUUUGUAUUAAUUUGACUUACGAGUUGUACUAUUCUGGUAUUGAAGAUUGUGACAUUUCCUGUUUUCCCCCCUUGGAUUUUCUCUGGUGCCUCUCCUCAAAGACAGUGUCUCCUUCACAUUGUUGAAAUGUUCAUUUGUAGAUCAGAACACAGGUAAAGUGUACUGUGGUAAAACGGAGAGUAGGUGAAUUAGUCUUGUAUGUUGCUGGCCUAUGGGUUCUAGGGCGUUUCCGCAGCUUGGCACAGGUCUCUUUUUUUUUUCUUGCUAAAAAAACUUUCUAAGGGAAAUCUAAACUUACGCCUCUUCUGGAACACAAAGACACAUGGGCUCCUCUAUUCUAACUAAUGUAUGGCUGCUGUCUUAAAAAUGACAACUGUCUGUUUUUGUUGUAUAGGCAAAAUAAAGCUCAUUCAGAUGUUA